GCCCUUUCGCGUGUCCGCACUCCCUCCCCUCUCCUCCUCCUCCAUUUUGCGAUCUCGAGUCUGUGACGGGAGCCCGAGUCGCCGCCCGUCGGGGACAGACUUUAGUGGGUGGAAGGAGACGACACAGCCGGAGCGGCCGGAGCGGCGAGGCACCGGGACUGAGGACACGCGCCGGAGAGACCCAGCCCGAAGAGACGGGUGUGGGGCGGGGGGCUGGCUUGUCAGCCGGGAAAUGCGAGAGUUUCUUGGAUAGGGGCUCCCCCCACCUAUGGAGAAGGGGGCGGCUGUUUACUUCCUUUUUUUAGAAAAAAAUAUCUCCCUCUUGCUUUCACACGUUAAGUUGUUUAUCUCGGCUGCGGUGGAAGCGGCGGACGGUGGCGGGUGAGCGGCACCUCAAGCGGAGCUGAUACUCAUUGAUGGACUCCAAGGAAUCUUUAAGCUCCUCUAGUAGAGAAGAAAUCCCCCAAAAUGUGCUUGUUGGGGAGAGGGAAAAUGUGAUUGACUUCUAUAAAACCCUAAGGGGAGGAGCUACUGUGAAGAUUACUGCAUCUUCGUCCUCACUGGCUGCUGCUGCUUCUCAAUCAGACUCAAAGCAGCAACGACUUCUGGUUGAUUUUCCAAAAGGCUCAGCAAGCAAUGCGCAGCAGCCAGAUCUGUCCCAAGCAGUUUCACUCUCAAUGGGACUGUAUAUGGGAGAGACAGAAACAAAAGUGAUGGGAAAUGACCUGGCAGUCCCACAGCAGGGCCAAAUCAGCCUUUCCUCUGGGGAAACAGACUUUCAGCUUCUGGAAGAAAGCAUUGCAAACCUCAAUAAGUCGACCAGUAUUCCAGAGAACCCCAAGAGUUCAGAAUCCGCUACUGUUUCUUCUGCCCCCACAGAAGAGUUUCUAAAAACACACCCUGAUGUGUCUUCAGAAGAGCAGAGUUUGAAGAUCCAUACUGGCACCAACGGGGGCAAUGUGAAGUUGUAUACCACAGACCAAAGAACCUUUGACAUUUUGCAGGAUUUGGAGUUUUCUUCUGCGUCCCCAGGUAAAGAGAUGAACGAGAGCCCUUGGAGAUCAGACCUCUUGAUUGAUGAAAACUGUUUGCUUUCUCCUUUGGCAGGAGAGGAUGAUCCAUUCCUUUUGGAUGAGGACUGUAAGCCUCUCGUUUUACCGGACACUACGCCUAAAAUUAAGGAUAGUGGAGAUCUGAUCUUACCAAGCACCAGCAGUGUGACACUGCCCCAAGUGAAAACAGAAAAAGAAGAUUUCAUCGAACUCUGCACCCCUGGAGUAAUUAAGCAGGAGAAACUGGGCCCAGUUUACUGUCAGGGUAGCUUUUCUGGGGCAAAUAUAAUUGGUAAUAAAAUGUCUGCCAUUUCUGUUCAUGGUGUGAGUACCUCUGGGGGACAGAUGUACCACUAUGACAUGAAUACAGCAUCCCUUUCUCAACAGCAGGAUCAGAAACCUGUUUUUAAUGUCAUUCCACCAAUCCCUGUUGGGUCAGAAAAUUGGAAUAGGUGCCAAGGAUCUGGAGAUGACAACUUGACUUCCUUGGGGACUCUGAAUUUCCCUGGUCGAUCGGUUUUCUCUAAUGGCUAUUCAAGCCCUGGAAUGAGACCUGAUGUAAGCUCUCCUCCUUCAUCCAGCUCAGCAGCAACGGGACCACCCCCCAAACUCUGCCUUGUGUGCUCUGACGAAGCUUCAGGAUGUCAUUAUGGAGUCUUGACCUGUGGGAGCUGUAAAGUCUUCUUCAAAAGAGCAGUGGAAGGACAGCACAAUUAUCUUUGUGCUGGAAGAAAUGAUUGUAUCAUUGAUAAAAUUCGAAGAAAAAACUGCCCAGCAUGCCGCUACCGAAAAUGUCUUCAAGCUGGAAUGAACCUGGAAGCUCGAAAAACAAAGAAAAAGAUAAAAGGAAUUCAGCAGGCCACCACUACAGGAAUCCCACAAGAAACUUGCGAAAAUCUUAACAAAACAGUAGUUCCUGCAACAUUACCACAACUCACACCUACCCUGGUGUCACUGCUGGAGGUCAUUGAACCCGAGGUGUUAUUUGCAGGAUAUGAUAGCUCUAUUCCAGAUACAACCUGGCGGAUCAUGACCACCCUCAACAUGUUAGGUGGACGGCAAGUGAUUGCAGCGGUGAAAUGGGCAAAGGCAAUACCAGGAUUCAGGAACUUACACCUGGAUGACCAAAUGAUCCUACUGCAAUAUUCAUGGAUGUUCCUCAUGGCAUUUGCCCUGGGAUGGAGAUCAUACAAACAAGCAGGUGCAAACCUGCUGUGUUUUGCUCCUGAUUUGAUUAUUAAUGAGCAGAGAAUGAAGCUACCCUGCAUGUAUGAACAAUGUAAACAUAUGCUGUUUGUUUCCAAUGAGUUACACAGGCUUCAGGUGUCUUAUGAAGAGUAUCUCUGCAUGAAAACCUUACUGCUUCUCUCAUCAGUUCCUCACGAAGGUUUGAAGAGCCAAGAGCUAUUUGAUGAAAUUAGAAUGACCUACAUCAAAGAGCUAGGGAAAGCCAUUGUCAAGAGGGAAGGAAACUCCAGUCAGAACUGGCAGCGGUUUUAUCAACUGACAAAACUCUUGGACUCCAUGCAUGAGGUAGCUGAAAAUCUCCUUCACUUUUGCUUCCAAACAUUUUUGGAUAAGAGCAUGAGUAUUGAAUUCCCAGAGAUGUUAGCUGAAAUCAUCACCAAUCAGUUACCAAAAUUUUCGACUGGAAAUGUAAAAAAACUUAUGUUUCAUCAAAAGUGACUGCCUUAAUAAGAAAGGUUGCCUUAAAGAAAGUUGACUUUAUAGCUUUUAUUGUAUAAACUAUCAACUUAUCCUAUAGCAGUUUUGUUGUUUUUGUUUUCUUCUUCUUUUUCGUUUAUGUCUGGUUUUUGUUUUUGUUUUAAAUACGCACUACAUGUGGUUUAUAGAGGGCCAAGACUUGGCGACAGAAGCAGUUGAGCCAUCGUUUUUCAGCGAUGGGAAAAGUAGAAAGUGAGAAUUGGUGGAUCCUGCAAAUUAGAAACAAUGGUGUGGGGUAAUUUUCACUGUCAGAGAAAGAUGGCACCCAAACUACCAGUGCCCAAACUCUGUGUAAUAAACUUUCUGCUCAUAUUUUUCACAGUUGGCUGGACAAAAUUUUCUAGACUUUUUGUUGGGUGUAUUUUCCCCUGUAUAGUUAGGAUAACAUUUUUUGAUUUAUGCAUGGAAACCUGAAAACAGUUUACAAGUGUAUAUCAGAAAAGGGAAGUUGUGCCUUUUAUAGCUAUUACUGUCUGGUUUUAACAAUUUCCUUUAUAUUCAGUGAACUACGCUUACUCAUUUUUUUCUUACAUAAUUUUGUAUUCAAGUUAUUGUACAGCUGUUUAAGAUGGGCAACUAGUUCAUAGCUUUCCUAAAUAAACUCUAAACAUUAAUAUUCUGUGUGAAAAUGGGUUGGUGCUUCUAACCUGAUGGCACUUAGCUAUCAGAAGACCAUAAAAAUUGACUCAAAUCUCCAGUAUUCUGGUC